GAGUGAAGUGCUCUCAGCAGCUAGUGAUUGACAGUACGUCUCAGUUUACUAGUAGUUGGUGCGAGAUCAUGGAAGGCAGUCAAGGACUUCGCUUUGCUGCAAAUAUAUCAGAUGGAUUCCUCUUCUCCGAGGUCAAUUUCCUGCAGCGCUUCAAGGCAGCAAAGGAUUCAGGGUUUAGCGGAGUUGAGUGUGCCUUCCCUGCCAGUGUCACACUAGACAGUUUUGUCAGUGCACAGAAAGCCGCAGGUAUCCAACACGUCCAUUUGAAUCUUCCAGCAGGUGAUUGGGCUGCUGGUGAACGUGGUAUUGCAGCGAAUCCAGCCAAGGUCAAAGAAUUCCAAGAGAGUGUGGAGACAGGAGUGAAGUAUGCCAAUGCACUGGGCUGCACAAGGGUACAUGCACUGGCUGGUGUAGUCAGUGAAGCAUGUGAUAAGGAGCAAUGGACGAGGACAUUUGUCGAAAAUUUGAAGUGGGCAGCAGAUCAACUCAGCAAGGAGGGGAUUCUUCUUCUCAUUGAGCCAAUUUCUACAAUUCCUGGGUACUUCCUGCAGCACCAGGAACAAGCACUGGAUAUUCUCCACAAGGUCGGCCACAGCAACUUGAAGCUUCAAUUUGAUAUAUACCAUGCUCAAAGAAUGGAUGGAAAUUUAUGUGACUUCAUGUCAAAGAACAUCCACUCUAUUGUUUUCCCUGAGCAGUGUUUCUGUUAA